AGAGGUUUUUAAAGUGAAGAAAUCAAAUUACAGUAAAAAGAUUGUAAAUAAACUCAAGAAAGAGUACAAGGAGGAUCUUGAAAAGUCCUUGGCGAAAAGUGACCUGAACUCUCAGGUUUCAACAGAUGUCACAGUAGAUAAACCUGCUUUGGUGAAGGAACCUGUACAAGAUGAUGGCCAAAGUGAGAAAGGAGAGGAGGAAAUGGAGGUAGACAGUGAUGAGCAGGAUGAAGAAGGCAAAGCCAAAGCUGUGGGAGCAUUUACCAACACUCUGUCUACGCUAAAUGCACUUCGACCAGGAGAAAUUCCGGAUGCUGCUUUUAUCCAUGCUGCUCGCAAAAGAAGGCAGAUGGCUCGUGAGCUUGGGGAUUGUCCAGCUGUAGAAAUUGAGACAAGUACAAACCGACUUGUACGUGAAGAUGAGAAUGACGCUAGUGAUGAUGAUGAUGAGAAACGCAGGAUUGUGUUUUCGGUGAAGGAGAAAACGCAAAGGCAAAAGAUUGCAGAAGAAAUAGGGAUUGAAGGAAGUGAUGAUGAAGCACUGGAUACAACAGAGCAGGAUGAAGAAUUAAAGAUGUGGGAACAGGAGCAGAUCAGAAAAGGAAUUAGUGUCCCUCAGGUGCAAAGCAACCAUCCAACUGAUUCGGCUAAUGUUUACUACCAGAACAGCUACCAGGCUAUGCCAUAUGGUUCUUCCUACAACCUUCCUUACACAUUUAGCACCUAUGGAACAACAGAAUCUAAACCAAUCAAGACAGAUAAUGCUAUUGCUUUCAAACCUUCCAUUAAUGAGAUGCCUCCUGUUACUAUUGAUUUGGUAAAGAAACGCCUUAAAGACAGGUUGGAUUCAAUGAAAGAAGUGCACAAAACAAAUCAGCAACGGCUUGAUAAACUUAAUGAAGAUCUGGAAAACUCAUCUAAAACGAUAGAAAGACUUGAAGGCAUCACAGAUGAUAGCGGACGGUAUAGAUUUUUUCAAGAAAUGCGAGGGUAUGUCCGAGACUUGCUUGAGUGUUUCAAUGAAAAGGUACCCUUGGUUAAUGACCUUGAAUCUGCCAUGCACCAGCUGCUGAAACAGCGGGCUGCCCGGUUUGUCCAGAGACGGCAAGAUGAUAUUAAAGAUGAAUCAUCGGAAUAUUCAAGCCAUUCAAGCAAAACCGUUGUGACACCAAGUCUGGAUUCAUUUGGUCGCGAUCGUGCUCUGUAUCAAGAAAAUGCCAAACAGCGAAGGAUUGCAGAGAGAGAGGCUCGUAGAGCACGUCGAAGACUGGCCAGAGAACAAGCAGGAAAGAUGGCAGAACAUCAUGAAGGUCUAUCAAGUGAUGAUGAAGAAACUUCCACAGAUAUCAACAGUUUUAAUAUGGAAAACGAUCGAAUUGUUAAUGAAUCAAGAAAAGUGUUUGAAGACGUCUUAGAUGAUUUCUGUACACUUGACUGCAUUAAGACACGAUUUGAAGUCUGGCGAAAAAUGUAUUAUGUUCAUUAUAAAGAUGCAUAUAUUGGUCUCUGCCUUCCAAAACUGCUUAAUCCACUUAUUCGGUUGCAACUCAUCCAAUGGAAUCCUUUUGAGCCAAAUUGUCGUGACUUUGAAAGUAUGCUGUGGUUCGAAUCUUUGCUGUUUUAUGGAUGUGAAGAGGGACAGGAUCCACAGAUGGAUGAUGUUGACACAUACCUGUUGCCUGCGAUUGUAGAAAAAGUGGUUUUACCAAAACUGACAGGAUUUGGCGUUAUUACAAACUGCCAUACAAUGUUGCAUUGCAGAAGUACAGAAUGAUUUGGAUGAAAAUAU